GGAAUACUCUUAACUCUUAAUAUAAUUCCUUUUAUAAUAGAUAUACUAGCUAAUAGAGGAAUAGUAAUCCUUAAAGUAAGGUAUUAUAAAAUAGAAAGUAAAAAUAAAAUUAUUAUACUUAACCUUAUAUUAAUUAGCAAAAGCUUAAGUCUAUUAAAGAGCUUAAAAGCCCCUUUAAAUACUAAAGGUCUUUAA